AUGUCUCGGACUCGUCAAAUACCGUCUGAGCCAGCAAGUAGUUCUCAACUGGAAUUGACAGAGGAGCAUACCAACACUUCGUCAGCUAUUCCAGGUCCAGCAACACUGAGGUUAAGAGCAGCAGAUGAGCCUGCUGCUAACCGGCCCGAAAUGAAUGAGGGCACCUCCCGACGUAUACGCUGGAGUGAAGAUGUCAUAGAUAACGAAGGAAUGGGAAAAAAGAGUUCCAAAGUGUGCUGCAUCUAUCACAAAAGCCGACCUAUUGGCGAUAGUAGCUCCGAGUCCGAAUCCUCGGACUCCAGUACUUCUAAUUCGGACACAGAUAGCGACGGCGAAGCGGCCUGCCAUAGAAGGACGGGACACCGCCCGCCCACAGGGCAGGGAGAAGACUAUGCUUCUUCUGGUCAGAGGCCUCCAUCGAACAGAGAAGGAAGAACCUGCCGAUCAAGUCACCGAACGAAGAAAACGAAACGAAAACCAAGCCCAAAUGCCUAUGAGAAAAUGCCAAAGACUACGAAGGGCCGUUAA